GCGGCUACGGAAAGAUGGCGGCGCACAGUGUGAAACGUUGUUUACCACUGGUAGUUAUUCUUGGGGCCACUGGAACCGGCAAAUCCAAGUUGGCGCUUCAGCUGGGCCGGAGACUCGGAGGGGAAGUGAUCAGCGCGGACUCCAUGCAGGUAUACCAGGGCUUGGAUAUCAUCACUAAUAAAGUUACAGCUGAGGAACAGCAACUCUGUAAGCACCACAUGAUCAGCUGCGUGGAUCCACUUGUCACAAAUUUUACAGUAGUUGACUUCAGAAAUAAAGUAGUGGACCUGAUUGAAGAUAUAUUUUCAAGAGAGAAAAUUCCAAUUGUGGUCGGAGGGACAAACUACUACAUCGAGUCACUACUAUGGAACGUUCUAGUUAACACGGGUUCUUAUCCCAUGGUAAAGACAGCUCUCCUUGAAGGUAAAGUCAUAACUGACAAGAAAACUGAAUUGGAAAAAUUGGACUCUUUUGAACUUCAUGCACGGCUGAAAAAUGUGGACCCAGAUAUGGCUGCAAAAUUGCAUCCGCAUGAUAAACGUAAAGUGGCAAGGUGGAAUCAGCUACCCAACAUCAAGCCCAUGGAAAAUGCUUCUGACAAUAAUGAGAGCAAGAGAACUAGUCGACACUGUGAUUUGUGCAAUCGGAUUAUCAUUGGUGAUCGUGAGUGGGCAGCACACACAAAAUCCAAAUCACAUCUUCAUCAUGUGAGAAAAAAUAGAAAACAGGAAGAAGAAAUGAGAACUGUAGAAAAGAGGAAGAUGAGGCCCACUACAGAAAGUUUUCUACCAGAGGCGGAAGAGGCUUCUCGUACAGACUCUGUACAUGACCUACAGGAAAAAAGACUGUGUACCCAUCAUGCAGACCACGCAUCUGAUAUUCAAGACUCAGAAUCUCCAGCGCAAACUUUAAUUGACUCUAAAGGUUUAUAACCGUACACUUCAUGUAUUUUUAUUUGUUUCACCAAACUCAGCCAAAGUUUUCAGGAUUAUGUUAAUCUGUACAAAAAGUGAUGAAGCGGAUGCCCACCUUAUAAUCGUGGUUUUAGUUGCUUUACACUUGCUAUAUGAAGUGAUAUUCUCUCCUCAAUAGCGAUCUUUUUAUUUAUUUAUGUACUUUCCAUAAGCAGAGAUAUUUUAUUAAACAUUUAAUUAUCUAAAAAUGUGGCUGCGAAUAUGUGCUUUAAAGAGGACCUUUCACUAAUUUAAAAACUAAAAACGAACUAUAUGUGUGGGCAGAGCAGUCCCCCUGCACUUACUAGUAUGCCUGGGCGCCGCUCCGUUCGCCCGGUUUAGG